AAAGACAAGAUCUCUGUAAGCAUCGAGAAUGACUCCGGCUGUGUCUUUCCCGCCUCGCAGUGUCAGCACAGUGGCCAUGAGAAAAGAGGCCUCGGAGCUCAGAAAAACUUUAAAACCUCUGAUGGAGAAGCGCAGACGAGCGCGCAUCAACGACUGCCUGAACCAGCUGAAAAACCUCAUCGUUCCUCUAAUGGGAAAAGAUAACUGUCGCUACUCGAAGCUUGAGAAAGCAGACAUCCUGGAACUGACGGUCAAAUUCUUGGCCGAUGUCCCUAAAAUGCCUACAAAUGAUGUUACAGUAAGUUACAGAAAAGGCUAUGAAGCGUGCUUACAGCGGGUCUCUGCGCUCCUCCCGCGCACGAGCCUCGACCAACAAACCUGCGCACGUGUGCACGACUUCGUCCAGCAGUCACUGCGUUCGAGUUCAUCGUCCUGCAGCACGUGCAGUGCUCGCGCAUCCACCGCGCCAUCGCCGGUGCAACACGAGCGGCUUCUGAGCCUGAAGUGGAUCGAAAUCACCCGGAGAGAAAAGCGCGCGCGCGUCACACCGGAGAGACCACAGGAUGCGCCACAUGCUGUCGCUCAGCCCAUGUGGAGACCUUGGUAGAUGCGGAAAGGCGGCGCAUUGUUUCAUGCCACUUGUCAAAUAAUGUACAUAAACAGCCCAGAAAUGUGUUGUGAAUAUUUGCAGAUGUGUAUAAGGUGCUGACUUGAGGUACUAAGUCAAGUUGAUUUACUUAAGUAUUGUAUACUUCUCGUUCGCUUUUGUCAAAAUUCGCUCGUUUGUAACUUUCGGUUCGUUUUCUCAGAGAUCCUGCGCGUGACCUGUAAAUAACUCGGUUAUUCGGUUUGGGCUUAAUUGGGUGAGGGCUUGUAGAAAACGCCUAUGUAAAACCCCGUGGGUUGUCCAGUGUAAAACCUGCACUUCCACUUCAGGAUUCUGUCUACUUCAGGAUUCUGAGUCUGUGCAGAUUAUUUUACUUGAAGCACACUAUGUUGUGUUAGAAAUGUCUCAUUUUAGAGACGUGGUGUUUCUGUGUUUAGCUAUAAACACGUUUGGUGUGUUAUACAGUCUCGGUUUAUAGAGACGUGCUAUUUAUUAUUGUUUAUUGUUUUUUGUAAACACGUUUGAUGUGUUAUACAGUCUCAUUUUAUUUAGAGACGUGCUUUUUGUUUAUUGUUUACUUGUAAACACGUUAUGUUGUGUUAUACAGUCUCAUUUUAUAGAGACGUGCUUUUUAUUAUUGUUUAUUGUAAACACGUUUGAUGUGUUAUACAGUCUCAUUUUAUAGAGACGUGCUAUUUAUUAAUGUUUAUUGUACACACGUUAUGAUGUGUUAUACAGUCUCAUUUUAUAGAGACGUGCUAUUUAUUAUUGUUUAUUGUAAACACGUUUGAUGUGUUAUACAGUCUCAUUUUAUUUAGAGACGUGCUUUUUGUUUAUUGUUUACUCGUAAACACGUUUGAUGUGUUAUACAGUCUCAUUUUAUAGAGACGUGCUUUUUAUUAUUGUUUAUUGUUUACUUGAAAACACAUUAUGAUGUGUUAUACAGUCUCAUUUUUAGAGACGUGCAAUUUACUGUUUAAUUCUAAACACAUUUUGAUGUUAUACAGUUUCCUUUUUAGAGACGUCAUUUAUUUCUUUAUUGUUUACAUGUAAACACGUAGUGUUGUCUUCAAAAGUCUCUUUUUUACGAGAUGUAAGUACUGUUUUGUUUACGUAAUUAUUCUUAUUAUGUAUUAUACUUUUAAAUAAAAGA